AUGGUGAGACUACCGUCAUAUACAGAAGAAGACAUUCAUAGAUGUCGAAUGGCUUUAAAACAGAUAAGAAUACAUGAACUAAGAGCUAUUUUAAGUUCACUUCGAAUAGGAAACAAAGGUAAUAAACAAGAAUUACUACAUAAUCUACUAAUAUAUUUUGAUCAAGGAGUUCAAAAGAAUGAUCAGAUAAGAUUGCAUGCCAUUGGACAUUUAGUAAUGUUACUGCAAAGGAAUCGAGAUUCAAAGAUUGUCAAUAAUCUUCCUGAUUUUAAAGAAGUUUAUGAUCGAAUGAAAAUAUCUGAUCCAACUAUAAUUAAUGAAUAUUUUGCAUUAUUAAAUACUGUUGGUAAGGGAUCAAAGCCAUCACGACCACCUCCUCCAGUACCUAGAUUAAUGUCAAGAUGUAUACCAGAGGAUUUUGAGCCUCAUCCAUUAAAGGGAAUUGCAGUAUCAUUCAAACAGAAUCCAUUUUAUAAAUUCAAAUAUGAAAUUCAUGUAUCACCACAACAAAUUCCUAAGGAUAAAAAUGAAAUUUCAUUUAUUUUAAAUAAAGAUGAAUUAAGAUAUCUUAGACAACCAGGUUAUAAGUUAUAUAUGGUAUCUCAUGUACCGGGAAGUUUAGGAAGAACAAAAUUCCAUAAUGUUGAAUUUGAUUAUCCUUUUAAAGUUCAAAUUUUUUUAAAUGAUCAACAAGUCCCUCAUUUAUCUGAUACUUUACCUGUUGAUCUUACGGACUACCUCCACAAAGAUUCAAAACUUAAUCAUAUUACUUUGGAAUAUAAUUCUGCAGAUGAUCCAAAUCUUUAUUUAAUACAUCUAUGUAUUGUCAAAAAGUAUUCAUAUAAAAAACUAUUAGCAGAAGUUAUCAACAAACCUCAAAUUCCAAAACAAAUCACAAUAAAGAAGCAUAAAGCAGGUUUGAGUGAUGGUAUAUUGUUAAGUACUAUUGCGUAUGAUUUGAAAGAUCCAUUAAGUGGUCAAAAAAUGAAAUAUCCUGCUCAAGGGAUGUAUUGUGAUCAUGUGACUUGUUUUGAUGCGGCUGAUUUUUUAAAAUAUAUAUCUGAAAAUGAAUUCAAACUACAAUGUUCAUGUUGUUUAAAACCAAUAGCAUUAGAAGAUUUACGACUUGUUGAAUAUUUUAAGGACAUUGUUGAUAAUACUCCAAAUAAUGUUGAGUCUGUUAAUGUUGAUUUAGAUGGAAAUUGGACAACAUCAGAUAAAGAAGUUAUCGAUGUGAGUGAUGAUGACACUACAAUGAAUAUAUCUUAUAAUAUCAAAAGAGAAAAUAGUGGGCUGAAAAAGCUUGUACAAAUCCAAGAGGAUGAACCCAGUGAAGUUGAAGACAUUAUGGUUGUUAUGGAUGGAGAAGUGGAAAAUGUAAAUAUAAGCGAAGACAAUGAAGAAGAUGAGGAAGAAGAUGAGGAAGAAGAAGAAGAAGACUAUCAAGAAGAUUAUGAGGAUGGAGAAGAUGACCGAGAGCCUAAUCAAGUUUUUAACACAAGGUCACGAGUUGAACAACAGCAACAUAAUAGUGAUGAUAAUAGUGAUGAUGAUAGUGAUGAAAUUGUUUCCAUUGAUGGGUUAGAGUUCGAUGAACAGUCGAUACAAGAAAGUGAGGAUAUUCAGCAGAACAAUGAAUCCAAUGAUGAUGCAAGUAGUGUCACAAGUGAAAUCACAAAUUUUCGGUCUAGUAAUAUAGUCAGUCCACAAAGUAGAACAAUGCAACAAAAUAUUGAUGGACAUGAGAGUGAUGAUAGUAACCUAAGUAAUGAGUUACCGGAGAGAGAUACUACGGGUCAUAAGAGAAAAGCAUCAGCUGAGCAUCCUUCACCGGAAAUUGUUGUUAUCAAUCUGGAUAACUCAGCUGCCGGUAGCCCUAUAGACAAGGCAAUAUCACAUUCACUUGAACCAGUCGAAAACCCAAUUUUGUCAAAUGAAUACGAUGAUUUGCAACCACCAGUAGAAAUCAGUACUCCUCGUGUUACCAAGCUGGUGGCGCAAUCUCCUUUAGAGAAUUCAACUGUUGGUGUGAAUGAUGACUAUAGAUCACCUUCGCAUUCACCAACAGUUGGUGAAAUUACAGAAGUUAAUGAAACUUUACCAUCUCCUGUACCUCCAAGGACAGCACGUCGCUCAACCUCAGCAGAAUUGAAUAACAGUAUCAAUGGCAAGACUAAAUUCCCAGUAUUAGAUUAUGAUCCCGAAGAAAUUAAACGUCUAAAGGAAGAGAAUUUACAAUUGCUUAAUGAAAUCAGAACUAGACGUCGGGAGAAUGAUAUUGAUAAGAAAGAAUUGGAAUUAGAAUACCGGAGAAAAGUGAGUGAUCUAGAAAGUGAACUUUUUCAAGUCAAGCUUCAACAGAAACAAAAGGAAAUUUUGGAAAAAGAAAAAGAGUUACAAAGACGUGAAGAAGAGUUAUUACAACGACAACAUCAGUUCCAAGAGGGGUUGGGAAGUCGAAAUGGUAUGCAUCAACAACAAAGUUUCUUACCACAAUAUUCUUCUGGGUACAAUUCACAGAUGAUACCGUAUACUUCUAGCACUGCUUUGGUUGUUCAACAACCAGCUGCAGCUACAAACGAUAUAUCGUCUAUGAACAAGACAGAAUUAUUAAAUAAAAUUAGCGAAUAUGAGAAACUAAAACAGGAAAAGUUUUCAGAAUUGUCCCAGUUGGUUAGUAUUAUUGAAAAGGAAAAAGAUGAAGCACUUGACAAUUUUAAUAGAGAAACUGAAUCCAUGUUACGUGGGUAUACAAAUGAACGGGAUAUAUUAGGUUUUGUUGCAAGAAGAAACAAACAUAAGGAACAAAUUAAACAAUCAUUUAUGAAUGAAUUGAAUCAUCAAUUUAGUGAAUCUGAUCGAGAAUUACAAUCUAUUCAAAAUUCAAUUAAAGAAAUGAAUGACAUGCUUGAAAGACACAGUUAUGAUAAAGAAAAUUAUCAUUCUUUACAACGAGCAAUAGAAAUGCCUAUUCAACAACAAGAACAACGUCCACAUGAUCCAUUGAUAGAGUUUAGAAAUCCAGGCAUCAGUCAGAAUAGAAAGAACCCGUUAGAAAUGGGGUUUAAUACAAAGAGACAGAAAAUUUCUAAUGAUAUGUUUAAAUUUCUGUGA